GCCCCAGCAGCUCUUCACUCUUCGCUCAGAGCCGACCACCAGCCGACACUCAGCCAUGUACUCCAGCAACCGCAACAACAUGUCCUCCUCAUCCUGCCGCGUCGGCAGCAUGGGGGGCGGCAGUGUGUACGGAGGAGCCGGAGGGUCCGGAGUCCGUGUCUCCCAGGCCAACUCGUCGUUCUCCGCUGGCAGGUCCUUCAACCUGACCGACUGCGUGGACGUGUCCGCCAACGAGAAGGCCACCAUGCACAACCUCAACGACCGCCUGGCCACAUACCUGGACAAGGUGCACAGCAUGGAGAAGGCCAACGGAGAGCUGGAGCUGAAGAUCAGACUUUUCCUGAAGAGCAAGAGCCGACCUGACGCCCACGACUCCUCCGCCUUCAGGGCCACCAUCAUAGACCAGCAGGACAAGAUAAACUUCGCUGCUCGUGGAAACGCCGCCAUUGUCCUCGCCAUCGAUAACGCCCAGCUGGCCGCCGAGGACUUCAAGAUGAAGUAUGAGAACGAGCUGGCCAUGCGGCAGUCGGUGGAGGUCGACAUCACCGGGCUGAGGAAGGUCCUGGAUGGGCUGACCCUGAGCCGCGCCGACAUUGAGAUGCAGAUCGAGGCUCUGAAAGACGACCUGAUCAGAAUGAAGAGGACCCACGAGGAGGACCUGCUGGUUCAGCGGCAGCAGACUGGAGGUCAGGUGAACGUGGAGGUGGACGCCGCUCCUCAGGAGGACCUGUCCGCCGUCAUCGCCCAAAUCAGAGAACACUACGAGACCGUGGCCUCAAAGAACCGCAAAGACCUGGAGUCCUGGUUCCAAACCAAGACAGCCGAGCUGAACCAAGAGGUUUCUGUGAGCACUGAGACGCUGCACACCACCAAGUCUGAGAUUGGAGAGGUCAGACGAUUAGCGCAGAGUCUGGAGAUCAAACUGCAGGCGCAGAUCAGCAAGAAAGGAGCUGUGGAGAUGUCUCUGGCUGAGACCCAGAGCCGCUACUCCGUCAUGCUGCAAGGUUACCAGAGGCAGGUGGAGGCUCUGGAGAAUCAGCUGGGCCAGCUGAGGGGCAACCUGGAGAGGCAGGGACAGCAGUACCAGAUGCUGCUGGACAUCAAGACUAGACUGGAGCUGGAGAUCGCCGAGUACAGGAGGCUGCUGGACGGAGAGAGCCUUGUCACCACUACCAAGACCAUCACGAGCACCAGGGGUGGUGACCAUUACGAAGGAAGUGGACGAACACGGAAAUGUGAUCAACAGUAAUUAGCUUCAAACUCUAAACAGAGUCUGUCUGAGCUUCUCCAAUACAAAUAAAUGGUAACAUUGUUACUGAGCUUAAUUUGUUUUACUUUCACACUGAUGAUCAGCUGCUGCUGUGACAUCAUUAAAGAGUCAUCUCUGAAACAUUUGGAAUCUUUUCUAUCUAUUUUCUUUGCACACAAUAUCUUUCAAUAUUAUUUUAUCACCAAUGAAUACAUACAUAAUUUAGUUGCGAAAUAUACUAGGUCUACCAUAUGUUUUGAGGUUUCCUUAAGUGCCAAACAAUUCAUGGCACAGAGUUAUUGUAAUAAUAAUAGCAGCUAAAGCAAACCGAUAUUGUUCUAAACUGUAUUAAAGUAAACAGGUAUUAUCUUGAACUGUAUUGAAGUGAACAUGUAUUAUUUGGGACUGUUUUGAAGUAAUCCUAUAUAUAUAAACCUUCUUACCUACACUCCAUAAGGCAGAUAUCACCAACACACACACAUACACCUCCUGUCUCCAUGCAGCACACACACAUAAACUCCUUGACCCAGAUAUCAGCAACACACACACACACACGCCUCCGCUUAUCAGCACACACACAUACACUUCCCCUCACUAACACACACAUGUUAUUUUUCAAGGUUCUUUCUGGGGCCAAUAUAAUCCCAAGCACCAAUAUAUCUGUGUACAAUGUUUGAUACCAAUAUAUCUGUGUACAAUGUUUGAUACCAAUAUAUCUGUGUACAAUGUUUAAUACCAAUAUAUCUGUGUACAAUGUUUGAUACCAAUAUAUCUGUGUACAAUGUUUGAUACCAAUAUAUCUGUGUACAAUGUUUGAUUGUUUAGGAAAGAAUAGUUUGUGUGAAACCUUCCCUGGGAAAUUAAAGGAGUUGAGUCCGGUGGAAGAUAAGAAGUGGCUCUCCACCCCAAAA